CGUUGCUUGAGGAACGCCGAUCUCUGUUUAUCCUCCUUCCAGCUCACGAUUCUUCGACCUUGAAACGCGGCUGCUAUGAGCUUUCCAUAGCCAGUCUGCUGCUAGACCGACCCUAUUGAUGCCCUAAAGACCCGACUUCCGACUGGACUUUGAUUGGGCUAUAAUUUCGCGAGUUUCCCUGCGGCGUGAAAACGUGUGGUUGACGGUGGCUGGAAGGGAUCAAAACAGACGCUAUUGCCCGUGGUUACCGACCGUCUCCCACCCAACAGCGAGGGCUCCAAACAUCGUGGUGUGCUGGAGCAGAUUCGAGAAGAAAAGAUGCCUCCUGAGAUGGGCCGAGCCGCCUCGCAGGCCUCAAGUGCUGCUUCUCAAACAACGCAGAUAGUAGCACCACAUAGCCGCCCUGGGACAGCAGAUCUCAUGAGAUCGCGCUCGGAAACUGUAGUGUCAAGAAAUGGUCGCCGCCCAAGGUCUAGAGGUUCUACUGCCAGCCUCCAUUCAAACACCACCCAACAAACCCAGGACCAGCAGAUUACUGAUGGAUUUCCGCAAUUCCUCCCGGCCCAAGCCAAUGCCAGCCAUAAUGUCUUCGGAGGGAAUCCUGAGGAGAUAAUCAUGCGAUUUGGUCAGCAACUUUCGCAUCCCGUCAGCGGUUCUUCGCUGGACCCGACUAUGCAUGAUGCUCAUCACCCCGUCCUGCCAAGGGCUGAAGACUUCCCAAGCCAUGCGAUGCAUGGCCAUCACCUCUCCCACCAUUCAAUAUCUUCAAGUCUUCCUGGAUUGUCUUCCGUGCCAAUGCCACAGUACCAGGCGAUAUAUGACAGUGGGAUCGAGAAUCACGUCCCAGAACAUGUUCUAGAUGAGAACGAGAAUUCCGAGGCUGGUGCGAAAAAGAAAAAGGGUUCAAACUCUUCCCUUGCGAAUGACAAUGAACUGCGAAAACUGCUGCGGCAGUACGAAGGGUAUUCCUUGAAGCAAAUGGCAGCGGAAGUCCUUAAGCAUGAAGGAGCCGGCGGUAAGGCUGAAAAGGUGAAGCAAGUCUUUGCUAUGAUAUGGUUGAAGGAGAAUUGCAGAAAAAGCAGCGGUUCUGUUCGGCGCGAUCGUGUUUACUGCUGCUAUGCAGAGAAGUGUGGAACCGAGCGUGUCUCCGUUUUGAAUCCAGCUUCUUUUGGGAAGCUCGUCCGCAUCAUAUUUCCCAACGUACAGACUAGGCGACUCGGAGUCCGGGGAGAGUCCAAAUAUCACUACGUCGAUCUAACAGUCAUUGAGGAGAAACAGCAGAAGCCUCCACCCUUGAACCCUCAGAUUCCAGCUAACACAACCGGCUCAGCUGCCCCCAUAGAGCAUAAAGUGGGAGACGCCAUGCAGAAGAGUGUUAGUAUCGCACCGCAGCCUCCUGCAGACACUGCAGUGUUCCCUUCACCUACCACUUCAUUCACCGCCAGAUCCUCGGGGAGUCUUUCGAGCUCAGAUUGCGGUUGUCAUACUUCGUCUCGGUCUAGUGGCGAUUCCACCACUACCCUUGAAAAUGUAGCAAGCCAUUCCGGAAAAAUUAUUCACCAGAUGCUUCAACUGCCAACUACCGAAGACUCAUCCAUUGAUAACGACACUCUACAACUUCCUGACAUUAAUGACUAUGUCCCCGUUAAUACUGAUUCGAAGGUUGCCGCUGCUCUAGCCGCCCUUUAUCGGUCACAUUGCAUUUCUGUCAUAGACAGCUUUCGAUACUGCAAGGAGCGAAAUCUACGCCAUUACUUCUCUGCCUUCCACGGAACGCUAACCGUGCCGGUACAGAAGCUUCUAACACACCCUAACCUCGCCCCGUGGAUUAAGGAAUGCGAUUGGCUCAUGUACCAGAAAAUGAUUGCAUUUGUGGCGCCGCUCACAACUCAGGUCGUUCCGAAGCUCGUCCUAGACACCUUUAGCUCCAUCUCUCAAAGACUUACCGCCCAUAUCGCAGAUACGUUCAAAACGCAACCGAUACACGUCUCCCUAGCAAGAUUAAUACCGGCGCAUAUAUUCUGUAACCUUCUUCGGCACAUGCUCGAUGUCAAUCAAUCCGCCAAUGCAGCCGCAGCGUGGCUGUGUCACCCUGAUAACAGAAAUCAAAUGUGGUUUGACUUCAAAACGCUGGUAGACCCAAAGGAUAUGAUUUCUAAAGCGAAUAUCCCAAGUUGCGCGGAACAAGCUGCUGAGCAAAUUCUCAAGCAUGAUGUUCGAGCCCUUCUUACUCCUAUUACCGAUCUGAACCCUGCCGCUGCCCAUCCAUUCUACACAAAGCCUGAUUCGGAAGGAAGUAUUCAGGCACAUAAGUAUCCAGUGCAGUCAUCAACGGGUGAUGACUAUAACUUCCCGGAUAAAUGGAUAUCGUUCAUUCUCAAUUUACCAUCCGCGUUUCCAAAUCACCGUACGAAAUGUAUCAUAGAGAAAGUCGAUGCGUUGUGGGAUUGCAUCCUUCGCCGAUUAACAUUAGGGGGGGCUCAGAGCUUUAGUGCCUGGUGGAUGACUAAAGUAUUCUUUCACGAAAUGAUGCUUUGGCAAGCAGAAAAGGGUGGCUUUAUGCGCUAUACUCCGAGCACAUUGCAAGGCGUGAGUUCGAGAGCGGAUCAACAGGCACCAAAUAACAUUUCCAUGAAGCAGUCUAUCUAUCCAGACUCGGUUAAGAAUGGAUCCUUUACGGCUCCUAACACACAAAACACUGUUGAUUCAAGGUCUGGAUUAGAGACCUCUGCCCCGGCAGAGAGUAUCCACCAAUCUCGAUCCUCUUUGGAACGUUCACAGAUGGACACAGAACCACAAUCGAGCAAUGCUCCUAAUGAGAAGCCAGUGGACAUAUCCGAAAACAUUGCCAGCUUUCAUGCCUCAAACAAUGAUGAUAGCGCGAUUGAUCUUGACGAUGAUUCAAUGCUAAUGACCGUGGGCAAAUACGGCGAUAUGAUGGCCUCUGAUCCAGCAGAUGCUGAAGGCGAUGUUGUCGUCAUAUAAGCUGACUAUACAUAUUUACUUGAUUUCAUCAAUGUUUUGGAAAAAUCAGAAACAACCAAGUUUUCAUUUGUUUAUGGGCGGAGUUUUGAUUCUCUUUUCAGGAGUCUAGUUUUUGGUUGGUGAUUAUUUACGUUCAUGUACAAGGAAGUUUCGGCGUUCGACGAUCUUCGCACGAGAGACGAGAAAUGAGCAUCGAUCGAGAUACAUCAACCUGCCGCUCCGCGGUCUUUUCAGGUUGAAAAUCAUACAAAUUUAAUAGCGUGGUUGAUCCCGCUCUGAAUUGCUUAUUGCUUUUUUUGAGCUUUUAGUUUCCUGUCAGAGACCGACCUGCUGUACAUAGAUUCCGGUCAACCUGUUUGCAGAUGAUCUACUGAACUUCUCACUGUCAUGGUUCAUUCCACGACGCCUCCUUUUUCCAUACACUCUUUUAAUUGCCCUGGACCACCCUAUUCCUGUUAGGCAUAUUGCAUUUAGCUUGUUUCGAGUCUUUAUCAAGCAACUGCGGUCACAUGAACCGUUGACCACAGCCGAUUAGGAGACAGAGCGGCCUUUAUUAAUCACUUUCUUUUUGGGGGUUUGCUU